AUGAUUUGGCGUUUACUGGCCGCGAAGGGUGCGCUGCGCAGAACAGAGCGGUCGAGGCAAUCUCAGCGAAUGCCAUCCGCCGGACGCCCGAUGCUGCAGGUGCAAGUUGAGUUAUCGCCCUAUCGCCCUCCAAUCGCACGGCGAAGCGAAACACAUCGUCGUUUCGUAGACGAUGCAGUUAGUGUGGCCUGCAAAAAGGGCCCCCCUCGUGUGCUGGACCCCACUUUAGGUGGCUCGACCAUUGAACAGACGUCGCUGUGGGACUGGAUAUGUGGAUUGGAUGGCGUUUCGCUCAAGCGUGGAAGCUCGUUCGUACUGCAUGGUCUGGACUGUAGACUCGCGAUCGGAGCUGGUGGACGAACUGUCCUGUGA